GUGGAGUGAAAGCACCCCAGCCUGAGGUUGGAAUGGUUGGAAAAGAUGCACCGCUGUGGACAGGUGUCCUCACAUUAGCCCGCAACGGCGCUAAGCGCUUGCCUGCCCGAGUCACCUUGCAUCGAGGCCGUGUGAAGGACAUCGAGGUGGCCAUCCAAUCGGCCAAGGACACACGGAUGUUGGACAUCAAGCAUCGGGUGCCUUUCGAUGAGGCGGCGCGGCGCAUCAGCAGUGGUUCGGUCUUGGCCUUGGAUCCCAUGAGUCCAACGGACCAGAAAGCCUUCGAUGAGUAUAUAAAGUAUUUCAAGACCAAGUCCCGCGCAGGGGUCGCGAGACUGGAAGGGAACUUGGCGCUGUACUUGCUUCCGGCAGGUGAGAGUCCGGAGGUGCUCAAGGCGCUUUAUGAACUAAACACGCACAUCCCACGCAAUGGAAGCUUGUUGGGGAUCAUCGGAGAAAGUGGAGCUGUCGCGGCACCCGUGGCAGCACCUGUGGCAGCACCCGUGGCAGCACCAAAAGAAGAAGCAUCGAAGGCCAAGCCGGAUGAGGCCAAAGGAAAGGUGGAGCCCAAGGGUGGAGGUGACGAAGAAGGUGGGAAGAUUUCUUCGAAGGACGUUACUGAGUGAUGUUUGCAACUUCCAGUGGGUUUGUUUAAUCACUGUUUGUACCCUGGUACCUGGAGCUUUUUCGGGUGCAAUGAAGCCUGUGAGUGAAACUUGAUUCCAAGCCUGUGGCUUGUUGCUGUUAAAGGCCACCAUCAGAAGGUCAUGUAGUCAGCUAGUCCGCACAUGUCCGCAUCAGACUCUUUCAAGCCACAUGUCAGAGAUGUAAGAAAUGACGGUUUCAUUUUGUGAGGCCGUGGCCAUUCUGGUCUCGAAACGAUUUUGAGUGUUGUGUUGGGACAAGGGGUACGAAUCAAACUUGUUUGGAGCUGCUGCCUAGGCCCAGGCCCCUCCAUAGCCCAACCAACCAAUAGCACAACUGCUCAGUGUCCAACAGUUGAAGGGUCUCAGUUUUGCAGUUCUGGCUCUUCUUGUGGUCAGCACAAACGUCGGGGAUGCCUUCUGGGUUUUGAUUCUGAUCAUGUUAGAGGCUUGCGGCAAGUACAGGCUUUGGGGUUCGAGCUCACUGAACUGGCCCUUCAUCACACCUUGGAGAACAUAGAAAUGCAUACUGUACAUUACUGUACAUGAUUGUCCGUUCGAAUCCCACUCACCAAAACCUACCCCUAGAAGCUGAAGCCAGCAAAUGCACAUUUUUUUGUUAGCUUUACUAUGCUUUACUCAUGUUGUUUCCAUUGGCAUUUGCUUGAACUCAAGUGGUUUCAUACACUGGAACAGUAGCUCACCCACGUGAUUUCUUGGAGACGCAAUUUCUUUGAUGCUCACCCAUCGCCCAUUCUGUCAGGAGUUGAUGGAUCUUUUCUCCAAUCCAGAUCUGAUCAAACUUCUUUCUGACGGCUCUGAAGGCAAGUAGCCAACUUUCCACGAAGAGAUUGGUCCCAGAGCGGAAGUGGCACUUGGGC